CCCAAGUUUUGUUUUUGCUGUUUUUUUUUCUUUUUUUUAGUUUUGUUUUUUUUUGUUUUUCUUACCUUUACAUGUUAUCUUCUGAUUAAUCAUCAGUCAGUCAUCAGAAUUAUUAUUAAUUUCAAAACAAAUGGAUUAUGAUGCUGAAAAAUAUGAUACAGGUGCUGCUGAUGCACAACAACCAGCACGACAAUUAAUUCGAUUGAUUCAAUAUUAUGUUCGUGAAAAAUAUGGCGAUAAAUCUACAUAUGAUUCAUUGACAAUUGUUGAUCUUGGUUGUGGACCAGGUAAUACAGCUGAAUUGUUAGCAAAUCAUUUUAUUGGUGCAAAAAUUGUUGGUAUUGAUAUUGAUCCUGAAAUGAUUCGAUUUGCUCAAACCAAACAUCCGGAACAUAAAUUUUUUGUACAAAAUAUUGAAAAACCGUGGUCACAAUGGCCAGAAAAUUUUCGUUCAACAUACGAAAAUAAAGUGGACAUUAUUUUCGCUAAUUAUGCAUUACAUUGGAUAGAUGAUACUGAUUCGUUUGCCAAUACAAUUCGACAAUUAUUACGACCAACAGGAAUGUUUACCGGAAAUCUUUUAUAUUGUGGUUGGCUUCAAUCUGUAGAUGAUAGCGAUGAUCAUCUAGAUAAAACAUUGCUCGAUGAAUCACUUGCUUAUCCAACGGAAAUGGAAUUUGUAUCAAAAUUUUUCUGGUCUUUACGAUCUUGUGGAAAUUUUCAUUCAAUCAAUAUGGAAUAUCAGGAACCUGUAUCACGUUUUGGAAGAAAAUUCUAUACCGAAUCAUUCAUCGAAAUUCCAUUGAAAUGGUAUAGAAAAUUUCUAAAACGAUCAAUGAAUGAUGAAGAAAUUGGCCAUCUUAAUGAAACAUUAAAACGUUUAAUAUUGAAACAACGAAUCUGUAAAGUGAUUCCAGCCACUGAUACAAUAUCAUCAGUUGAACAGAUUGAUCUUCGACAACAGCUUUAUAUUUUUAAGGCAAUUAAAAAUUGAUAAAGUUGAUUGAUAAUUAAAAUUUGAAAAAAAAAGAAUAAAAUCCAUUACAAUUUUCAAACAAUAGAUGUCGUUAGUGUUAAUAAAUUUGAUGUAAAUAAAAAAAAAAUUGUAGCGGUAUUGUAUCUUGAACAAACACAUUUGAAUGGAUGCAUGGAAUGAUAUAUACGGUUUAUCGCCACUGGUAAGU